UUUCUCUUCACUGAGAUCACAGAAAAUGGAUGUUCUGGGUCAGCUGAUUUUACUGCUUCUGUUUGUGGAGAGUUCAGAGUGCGUGCAGUGUUUUGCACAUUUUGACCCUUCCUCAGGUCAGUGUGGUGAAGAGCUUGGUGAAGUGGAUGAAGAUGACUGCUGUCAGAAUCCUCACUAUGGUUACAAGGAAACACACAAAGAGUGCCAGUCCUGUGGUCCUCCAGUGUGGUCUCUCUGGUCGUCAUGGUCACAGUGUAACGUUGUCUGUGGAGAUGGAGUGACACAGAGAAGCAGGAAAUGUUUUGGCAUCGGCGGAUCAGAGUGUGACAAUCCUGCAGAGAAUCUACAAACACAAGCCUGUACAGGAACCUGCUGUGAUGUAAAGGGGUGGAGCUUGUGGAGUGGGUGGUCUGCAUGCUCAGUGACCUGUGGUGAGGGCGGAGUCAGAAGCAGAGACAGAGUUUGCUCCAGUCCUCCUGAGUGUAGCUUGUCCUGCACUGGUCCUUCAGAGGAGAGAGAGGCAUGUCCAACACACACCUGUCCAGUCCAUGGUGGUUGGUCGUCUUGGUCCACUUGGUCUCAGUGUUCUGGUUCAUGUGUUGACGAUCAGCGUGAUUAUGUCCCCUCAAAAGUGCGACAUCGUUCAUGCUCUAACCCCGCCCCCUCCAAUGAUACAGUCCCACCUGGUAGUGGUUGCCAUGGAGACAGUUCCCAGGUAAAAGAGUGCAGUGAACUGCCAAACUGUCCAGUGCACGGCAGCUGGGGUGUGUGGUCUCUGUCCGGUAAAUGCUCCGCCUCCUGUGGGGAGGGGCUUCAGACGUUAAUCAGGAAAUGUGAUCAACCCGCCCCAAAGUAUGGUGGGAAAUUCUGUGACGGACCAAAUGCUCAGACCAAUGUGUGUCACAGUCGUUGUCCAGUGGACGGGUUCUGGUCAGGUUGGUCCAGCUGGGGCGAUUGCUCUGGUUCCUGUGUCGUGGAAGGACGGCCUCCCGUCAGGACUCGCUCCCGCUCAUGUUCUAACCCCGCCCCCUCAUCUAGCCCUCCUGGCAGAGGUUGCAAUGGUGAUGACAGACACAUAGAGGACUGCAGUGACAUGCCUCCCUGCCCAGUGGACGGAGGAUGGACGUCCUGGUCUCCCUUCACUUCAUGUCCAGUCACCUGUGGGGUGGGACUCGAGGUGUCAGUCAGGUCAUGUGACAGUCCUGCUUCUCAACAUGGCGGCCAGCCGUGUCCUGGGGAGGGACGUCGAACCAGAACCUGUUCCACCCACGUCCACUGUCCAGUGGACGGGGCGUGGUCUCCGUGGUCGCCAUGGAACCAGUGUCUUUACCCAUUUGGUGGUCGGGACAUUCGCUGUAAGCACAUCGGUGGAAGUCAGAAAAGAGAGCGCGUGUGUCGACAUCAGGAUCAUAAUGGAUCGAUCUGCAACGGAGGAUCUCUGACAGAGACCAGGGUCUGUUAUGAUGUCAGCAGCUGUUACGUGAAGGGCAGCUGGGACAAGUGGAAUCAGUGGAGUUUGUGUACCCCUGCCUGUGGAGGAAACUCCAAACGCUACAGGAGAAGAAUCUGUGACCCUGAUUUCAGUGACUACAAAGCUCUCAUCGGUCGUCUCUACGAGAAAGCCACGUUCUACGGGAUUCCGCGUGCCGACUGCGGCUCGCUACCAGACGGCGAGGAAAAGUUUGAGAUCCAGUCAUGUGUCAAUGUCCCGCCAUGUCCCGCCCACUGAUGAAUCAGUGCAAAAAGUUUCAUCAUCAUUAAGACCACGCCCCUUUAAUUGGCCACUUUCUGCUUGUGUUGAUGUGUGGUCCUGUUGGGGGCUUUUAUUGUGAAGGUCAUGUUCCAGCCUGUGUGUAGUAACAUCAUGUAACAGUAUACAUUUACUCUUGUACUCCUGUCCUUUCAUUCAUUGAUUGAUUGAUCCCGAUUGGUCAAUCACAUAUUUUUAAAGGCCACAUAGACCGGAAGCUCCAAUUAA